CAAGAGUUCUCAAAUAAUACAUCAAUGGAUUCUUCAAACCAAUCCUCACAACCAUCUAACUCCAACCAUCUCUUUGAUGAGCUUCGGUGGGUUAUUCAAAUCCGUCGACAUCUUGAGGAAAGCACCGAAGAUGAUCACGACAUCCCUGUGACAAUUUUCAAGGUGCCGAAGGCUCUGAGAGUUAGCAAACCUGAAGCCUUUGUUCCGCAACUCAUCGCCCUCGGUCCAUAUCAUCAUUGGCAACCGGAACUCUAUGAGAUGGAACGGUACAAGCUCUCGGCAGCUAAGCGUGCUCAAAAACAACUCCAUGGCCAAAAAUUUCAACAAGUUGUCGGGCACUUUAUUAAACUUGAACAUAUUACUCGCGCACAUUAUCACAGGUAUCUUGAUUUUAACGGUGAAACACUAGCAUGGAUGAUGAUAGUUGACACAUCAUUUUUGCUUGAAUUUCUGCAAAGUUAUGCACCGGAAGAAGGUAAAGUUCUCCGGCGAGUGCCGUCCAGAAUGUCUCAUUUGGUAGACAAGGCAGGGAGGAAAUCAGCUCACAAUAUGAUUCUAAGAGACAUUAUGAUGUUAGAGAAUCAAGUGCCUCUAUUCUUGUUAAGAGUUUGCUUGGAGUUCCAAUGUUCAUCACUUCAAGAAGCAGAUGAUGUGCUCACUUUGAUGUUGAAUGGAUUCAUGAGAGCCCUUUGUCCAUUCAAGAUGAUGCAAAAUUUUCCUUGCAUUGAUGUCACUCGACAUGCUCAUUUGUUAGAGCUUCUCUACUACAUUCUUGUUCCGAAACCUGAAGAACAAAAUUGUGAAGUUAUAGAUAUCCAUGAAGAUCAAAACGAUGCCGGGGGAUCGAUUGAUCAAACUAAUAAUGAUGAUUCUAGUCAUAUCAAACAAUUCUUCAACGCAAGUUGGACAGCGGCUUCGGGCCUUAAUGGAUCGUACCUGGAAGAUAAUCACCAGUCUGCCAGUGUUCUCUGUCUUGAAAAACCAGUUGAAUAUCUUUUUCUUCUCUGGAAAACAAGUGCUAAUUCGAAGACCGAAAACUCAAGUUCAAAUCAGAACAUCAGCAAGCAGCCAUUGAUAGAAGAGAUCAUGAUUCCAUCAGUGAGGGAACUUGUCAAUGCAGGCAUUAGCUUCUCGGCGACAAAAGCCGAUAUGACCACAAUUCAAUUUGAUUUAAAGACUGUCACCUUAUACCUUCCUACUGUUAAAUUGGACAACAACACUGAAGUUAUACUUAGGAACUUGGUAGCCUAUGAAUCAUCAUUGGCAUCAGGACCUCUUGUUUUUACUCGGUAUACCGAGUUAAUGAAUGGAAUUAUAGAUACUGAUGAGGAUGUAAAGCUUCUAAGGGAAAGAGGGAUUAUCUUGAACAAAAUGAAGAGCGACGAUGAGGUCGCUAAGCUGUGGAAUUCAAUGAGUAGAUCUGUUAGGCUUACAAGAGUGCCAUUUCUUGAUAAAGUGAUAGAAGAUGUGAACAAAUAUUAUAGCAGUAGAUGGAGAGUGAAGACUACAAAGUUCAUGAAGAAGUAUGUUUUUGGUUCAUGGCAGUUCCUCACAUUUCUUGCAGCUAUUUUGCUGCUUUUGCUUACCAGUUUGCAGGCAUUUUGCUCAGUCUAUAGUUGUGCUCGCUGGUUCAAUCCUGCAAUCAUUGGACAGUAA